AAUGUUGUUUCCUUAUCAAAAACAUACCUGGAAAUAACACUCAGUUCCACCUUGUGAUGUCAUGUGGUAAUACAUACACCUUCACUAAAAUCAUUUGGACAAUUUCAGCCUUGGAAUUUCCCAUUUCUACUGAACUAAUGGUAAAAUGUAGCUGUUCAAAAGUGCCACUGUAUGUACCAUUGUGGUUGUGGACAGACUAAUAAUAAACAUUUAGCUAAACAUAUUAUGAAUGAAACAAAACACAACUCUGCAUAUGGUUUUGAUAAGGCAAAAACAUUUUAAUACAGGUUAUAGCUCACCAGAGUAAAUAUUUAUAAUACAGAAGAAAUACAAAUCAAAUUGCCUAACUCAAAUGCCUUUAAUGUAAUCUGCCCCUGAGUUGCGUUGUUCAAAUAUGGAUAAUAGUUUUUGAUGCAUGUCAUCAAGAACCACCUGGUUAUUGGUAAAUCCUCCACUGUGAUUUACGGACCCGCUACAUCUCAUCAGCCCCAGCAUGUCACACUCAGCACAGUCAUCCGUGGACUUCAGGACCUGUUAACAGUCUGUUUCUGUGUCUGUUUUGUUGACGAGGUUGUGUGGUUUUUGACAGAAUGCUCAGCGGCUGGCAGCAGGAGCUCAGGUGGCACAGACCCUCACCACACCUGUUGUCUCCGUGGCAACCCCCAGUCUGUUGGCCCAGGGUCUGCCCUUCUCCGCCAUGCCCACCGCCUACAACACAGAGUACCAGCUGACCAGUGCGGACAUCACUGCGCUUCACGCUCUGGCAUCACCUGGAGGUCUGUUACCAAGCAGCGUGUCGACGUGGCAACAGCAGCAGGCCGUCUCCCAGCAACCACCUCAGCAACCGCAGCAACAACCACAGCCGACAGCCGCUCAACAACAGCAGCAGAUCAACCUGUCAUCACUGGUCAUGUGGGGCGUGGAUAAACAGAGCAGCGAUCUGUGCAGCCAGGUGUCCAGCCUGGCAGCCAAUCUGAGUGUUGGCUCUCCGUCCAACCUGCUCUUGGGUAGAGAUGAGUGGUUGGGCCGGCCCGUGACCCAUUUACCUCAAGGCGCCAUGCUGACGGUCAACACCAGCUCUGGCGUGAGCAUCAAGUCCGAGCCUGUGUCUCCGGGUCGGGACAGGAGCACGCCCUGCCCCCCUCCCUCCUCCUCUACCCCUGUCUCCAGCUCAGGGGGCAUCCUCAACGCCCCGCCCCAGUACCCCGGCUCUCUGCUCUGCCUGGAGCCCCCCACCGGACGCUCGCCGGCGGACAGCGUGAGCAGCAAUGCCAGCUCCUUCGAGGGGAGUGACCGGGACGACACAGGGGGCGGAGGGGGAGGAGGCGGGGGCAGCGGAACGAGCAUUAACCCAGCGGAUCUGCUCAUCAGGGCCAGCGAGCAAGAGCAAGAAGGGGGGAACGUGAAGCGUAUGAGACUGGACGCGUGGGCCACAUAGAGGAUUUCAAACGCGCUUUCUUUGUUUUGGAAACACUCACGGCACUCACCCCACCACUGCCAUUCAACACUAUCAUCACAUCAUGUCCUGAAUCAUACAAUUUAGCUGCAGACUUUGCCAAAAUUAUUUAAAAAUAUAAAAAACAAACUUGUAGUCUGGGAGAAUUGCUUCAGACGGACGCAGAAACAGUAGAUUUUCUUUAGCUUAAACAGAUGUCUAAUAGAUGAUGACUUUUGACGAACUAUGACAAGGUUCUACGUGUUUUUGCAUUGCUGCACUGGCGUUACAAGUGGCUACAUAACUGGACUUUGCCACUUUUGCUACCAUUUCUCUUCAAAAAUCCAGCAUCUUAUCAGGAUCCAUCCAUAACUCACUCAACUAUGGCACUUUCGGAAAUGCCUUUACGUGGUUCUAAGACUGAAACGUGUUCUAUUCAGCACUAAAAACAUUUGGCAAACGUGACCACCCCAGCAGCUAAGGAGUGCCAAUAUCAAAACCUCUAGAAAACAAAAAUAUGCCAAAUGCCUCUAGCACGCGGCACAGGGACAAACCACCACACAAGACGUCACAGAAAAGACCAGGACCAAGGAUUUCGAGGCUUUGAGCGCCCCCUGCUGUCCUCACCACGGCUGCACUUCCCGUCCUUUGACUUUUUGACCUCGUCUCGAACUUUUUGCAAGGAUUCCUGUCCAGAAGUCCAGAUUAGUACCAGGAGUAGAUGCCAUGCAGUGAUAUGCGUAGUGGGUUUUCUCUAGCCUAAAUUUGGCUUUUUCGGGUAGUAUUUCGUUCUUUCAGUCCACGUGUUAACCUUUUAUCUGUUAGUAAUUUAAAAAUCUGUUUCGACGGUCCAGUAGUUGUCCAGCGGUAGGUAGGACUUUGUAUAAACCACUCCUUAUACAAAAGCUUUGAUGUCCUCUUUAGCGCUCUAUCUACUAGCUCCUCCUCUUUCGGCGUAAAAAGUGAUCAGAAGAAGACAUUUUCUAUAUUUCUACCGCUUUAACUUUAACGGGGCGACUACGUACAGCAGCGGCUUUCAGCGACGUGUGUGUACAUAUGGAUAUAAUAUUCGCAUAGACUUUGCUAGGUAUCCCUAAAAACAAGCAAUGUGUUGAUCUCAGUGGAUCUGUUUGCAUAUAUGAGUGUGAAUUUGAUAUGUUUUUGGAGUUUUCGGUGCCGGACUUGAUGCCUGGUGACAGUGACGUUUUCUCCGUGAAACUAUUUUAUGCUAUCGUGAAUGGUCUUGUACACUCUUCUCACGGAGGCCUACUCGCUCGUGGUGUUGUCAUACUAUUCUCUAUUAUCCCACAUGUUUUUUCAAAGCUUACGGUUAACAGUAAAGUAUGUCCAUUAUUGUUACAGACACAAUGAUAAAUAAUAAUAAUGAUAAUAAGACACUGCCACUCACUUUUAGUCUAGUUAUGAAAAUACACUUAGUUUAAUUGGUUAAGACUUGUCACAUAAGCACACAUAGUUUUUGCCUUUUGUUUGAAAAUUAAGUCAAAAUGUUGGCUUAGAAAAAGUGCUGUUUAUUUUUGACAUAGCCAUUUCAUGUGUGUGUGAGUAGUUGUAAUUGUCAACUAAUGGAAAUUUUCUCCCGAUUUUUCUCGAUGUUUUCUGGGUGCAGACUGUUGACAGUAUUUUUAUAUAUGGAUAUGGAUAUACACCGUUUAAAUCUAUGUCACAAAGAGAGAGGAACCCAAGCGUGGAUUCUCCGAUGUUGUGGACUUUGUCUUUCAAACUUGGAACGGGCACAACAAGCAAAAAAGUUGAAUAUCUAAUACUCAGACAAGCACCUAUAUGCAUUAUCAUUGAUUAUCACGUCAUUUAUUGAGGCAUCCAUAAUUUCACCCUCACAAAACCACCACUGACAGGAACUACUUUAUCAUACAUGGAGUAAAGUAAAAAGCAAUGACAUUAUAGGCUAUUUAGUAACUGUGUCCAAGUUGGGACCUGCUUUCUUUUGGAUUAAUUUAGUUUGUUUAUAAACUAAAGAUCUGUUGUAACUUGAGGAAUUGUUUGGGAAAUUAAACAAACACGUUUUUGGUAAAUAAUGUACCACAAUAUGAAGUCCUUUGAUUUAUUCAUAUGCAUAUAUAUUUAAAUAUUGCCAUUACACUCAGCUCUAGUUUUGAAUGGGUUUUUGCAUUACAAGUCCCAUCCCUAUUUCAGACUUUUUAUUGCUACUGUUUCGGCAGACACUCUUCUGACACCAGUGUUUUUGUCAUGUUUAAAAUGAUUCACGUUUCCGUCCCUCGUCGUGUUGUGUAAUUUAAUAUUUCAUCUUAUGUCCAACAUGCAUUCAGUUCACUCAUUUGACUUGGUUAGGACGCAGCUAAUGAUCUUAACCCCAUUUCAUUGGCCAUGUUUUCUCCCAAAUCAAAUUGAAAUUGUAACCUUCUAAUACUGGUGCUUGACUGAAUGGGCACACCGCAUUGGCUGCUGUUGGCGGCAGAUAUCUUGUACAAUGGUUCUCUGUCCGAGCUCUAGUUUAGUCACAUGACAAUCUUUGAGACAUGAACCUGCACCCUGUUACUUGUUGUGUACAAUGUUUUUUAGAAACUCACUAUUUUUGGAUUAAGUUGUGCUGGUGACAGUUCCAUUGUUUAUUACUAUAAUGAUAUAAUUAUUACUAUUAUGGAGCUUUUAUUUUAUUGCGAUUUUUGUGUAGGAUAGCCAACCGUUUUAUUUUCUCUGGUCAUAAACAUAGUACUGGUUUCCUUUUUUGAAACAACUUGCUGAAAAUUGCACGAUCAAUUAUUGUGGUAUUAGCAAAUGCAAUGAAGGAAAUACCAGUUAAAUGCUGCAGUUUUAAUUAAGAUAUAGAAUAUAUUUAUAAAACGUGAAACAACUGAAAAUGAUAAUUCAUAUUAAUUGAAUAAUGUAAAUGCAUGGGCUACAGGUACCAUCAGCUCCUGUUUUUUUCGGACACAAAGGACAUGCAUCACAAAUGAGUGUGAACUCAGAAUAAUGUAGCAUAUGGAUACUAAAGAUGAAAUUUAUAGCUAAUAUAUUGUGUUGAGCUAGUCUGCUUUGGGUUUUGUUGUAAAGAAAAUAUUCUUUUGUUGUUUUUGAGAAUGAUACAGUUUGUGUAUAUUUUCAUAUACAAAGUAUGCACUGAUAUGUUAUUGAAAUUCUAUACCGCUUUUACAAAAAAGUGUUUGUUGUACCAAAGUAUCCAAGUCCCUUGAAACCUUAUCCUUUUUGCGUAUGUUUUACCGUAUUUUAUAUAUUAAAUAGACAAACUGAGUGACAAAA